AUGAUAAUUUAUCUUUUUUCUGGUUCUGGAGAUUCUUCUACAGCUCUCAUGUAUUCAUUCAAUCAACGGCCUGAUACAUAUGUUAUGGAUGAUCCAUUUUAUGGAAUUUGGUUGAAAAAAACUGGUGAAAAACAAGCAUAUUACGAUGAAAUAAUGUUAAGAAUGGAAUGCGAUGAUGCAAAUAAGAUACAUGAUGAAAUUGAAAAAAACGAAAAAAUACAAGGAAAUGUAUUUGUUAAAAAUAAUAUUGAUACUGUACAAUAUAUGAAUGAAAAUCGUUUGUUAAAGUACCGUCAUAUAUUUGUUAUUGAUGAUCCUGCCGAGACUAUCGUAUCACGUAUUAUAACAGAUCGAUCGAAAACUUCUGCUGAUAUAUAUUUGGAACAACAAUUACGAACAUAUAGUUGGUUAAAAGAAAAGACAAAAGAAGAUCCAAUUGUUAUUGAUAGUAAUGGAUUGAACAGAGAUCCUACAAUAGCGUUAACUCAUAUAUGUGAAAAAUUAAAUCUUCCCUUUACUGAUAGAAUGUUAUCGUGGCCAGCAGGUCCAAAAUCAAUCGAUGGUCUUUGGGCUGAAUCGUCGUACAAUGAAAUUCAUGCAUCAACUGGAUUUCGAACAAUAUCUUCAACAAAAAGAACUCGAGAUACUAUUCCAAACCAUCUUGUAUCACUCUAUGAUGCAGCUUUACCUUACUAUGAAAAACUUUUAACACAUAGUAUCUAA